ACAUUCAGACAUUUCUUUUCUCAUCAUGAACACAUCAAACAGCUCCACAGAAGAUGACCGGGUUUAUGCUGGGAUCUUUGGCUGCAUUAUGGUGAUAGGUCUGCCACUGAAUGCAGUCUCACUGUGGAUUCUUCUUCGCCGCCACAGCCUCAAAUCACCCAACGCUGUCUUCAUGGUGAACCUGGCACUCUCAGACCUGCUAGCCAUCAUGUCUUUGCCCAUGAGGAUCUACCAUCAUGCAACAGGCACCUCGCUGGGAAUUAUCACAUGCCUCUUCAGCCUAAUAAUCUUUCGCAACAACCUCCGCUCCAGCGCCUCCUUCAUCACCUUCAUAAGUGUGGACCGACUGCUGGCUGUGGUUUAUCCUCUGAGGUCUCGCCAUCUUCGGACCUCGUGCAAUGCCUGGAAAGGAGCAGCACUCGUCUGGGGGGUUUUGCUGGUGGUAAAUAUCCCAGAGGGCAUAGGAUUUGUAAAACACGUACAGAACCACACAGAUCACAUUUGUUUUCAAUCUCAUUAUUAUAAAAGUGUAACACGAUCAGCAAUUAUUUACCUUCAGAUUGUGUUACUGGUCACAAUGCUAGCAGUCAACAUUGUGUGCACCGUUAUGGUUUCUUGGACUCUACACAAACAUCUCAGUGACUCUGCAAAGGUCAGAAACAAGGUGAACGUAAUGCUGAUUUUUGCCAUCAACUUGUUUAUAUUCUGCACAUGUUUUCUGCCCAUGCCACUACACGCAGUUACAAAAAGCAAAGGAAAAAUAGCUCCACUGGCAUUUCUGACUGUUUUGAGCUGCUGUCUGGAUCCACUGAUGUAUUAUUUUUCUUUUGACUCCUUCUGGAAGAAAAAAGAGGACGUGGGAAGAGAACUAUAG